GGUGGAGAGAGAGAGAGAGAGAGAGAGAGAGAGAGAGGGAGGGGGUUGGAGAGAGAGAGAGAGGUGACAAGGGCAUCGUGGUAUCCCCAGAUAAGAAUAAGCGAUAAGCGAAUCUCUAGCUAGUAGAGGGAGCAGAGCAGAGGCCGAAUGAAGGGCCCGAACAACGCGAAGCUGAUCGUGCUCCACCCGUCCCUCCACAAGGGGUGCGGGGGCGGGGGCGGCGGCGGCGGCGGCUCUUUUCUCGUAUCGAUCCACCGGCUGUGGGUCAUCGCCUUCGUCUCCUUCUCGGCCUUGGCCUCCCUCCUCCUCACCCUCCUCUCCCGCCACCCCGCCCACCGCCUGCCCCCGCACCCCGCCAUGCCCAUGCCCAUGCCCGGCGGCUCCUCCUCCUGCCAGCCGGCGCUCUCCCCGGUCGUCUUCGACGCCCUCCUCCACUACGCCGCGUCCGCCUCCGCCUCGGCCAACUCCAGCGGCGGCCGCAUGGCCGAGGCCGACCUCCGCGCGGCGGCCGGCGUGGUGUGGCGGCGCGCGCCCUGCAACCUGCUGGUGUUCGGGCUGGGCGCCGAGACGCCGCUGUGGCGCGCGCUGAACGCGGGCGGGCGCACCGUGUUCCUGGACGAGAACGAGUACUACGUGGCCCACAUGGAGUCGCUGCUGCCGGGGCUGGAGGCCUACGACGUGGCCUUCGCCUCCUACGCCCGCGCCCGCGACCUCGGCCGCCUGCUGUCGGUCGCCCGCGCCGCCCGCGCCGCCGAGUGCCGCCCCGUCCAGGACCUGCUCUUCUCCGACUGCCCCCUCGCCCUCAACGACCUCCCCAACCACCUCUACGACGUCGCCUGGGACGUCAUCCUCGUCGACGGCCCGCGCGGCAACGACCCCGCCGCCCCCGGCCGCAUGGCCCCCAUCUUCUCCGCCGCCGUCAUGGCGCGCUCCCGCAAGGGCAAGGACGCCGACGUGCUCGUCCACGACUACGACCGCGAGGUCGAGCGCGCCUGCUCCCAGGAGUUCCUCUGCGAGCAGAACCGCGCCGCUGCCACCUCCACCCCCACCCUCGCCCACUUCGUCAUCCGCGCCGCCGCCGCCACAGCCGCAGCCGGCACCGGCGCCUUCUGCACCAACUCCACCGCCCCCUCCUUCUAGGCCAAGUAUAGAAUUUGCUCAGACUGUAGGACUCUUCCAACUUUCUCCAAUAUGCGCUCCGAAUUUUAUUUCUCUUAAGUCGAAUUAAAUUUUUUCUUAAUUAAUUUGUUAAAUGCGAUGGCUGUAUCAGCCAUCAGCCGCUACUAGUCGAGAGAACCUACUGUUACAUCAAAUGAGGAAACAUGCGUUUAUCCAUCGCACUAGAUUAACCAAUCAUUAGUUUUUUUUUUUUUAAAAAAAAAAAUCUUAUCUAAUCAACGAAAAGAAAAAAUAGAUUAAAAAACUUUGGAGGUUGACGGAUUGUCUCAGCAAAGAAAGGCAAAUAGUUGAGGGGUUCUAAAUUCCUAAUAAAUUUCUUAUAUUCGACGGGGUUACUUGUAUAUUUUUGUCGCCUUUAUAGUUGUAGGUAGCUCAGCUCAACCGUGCCCCUUCCAUUUUCUUUUAAUUUGUAAUUAUUAUUCGUCAAAUGCUUGUUUUGCUUUCCCAAAUUUGUACCUAUAUAGAGUAUUGGAGUGUGAUGCUGAAGAUACUUUGGUGCUGGAAAUUUCAAAAUGUUUUAGUAAUUAAAUUUAGUAAAAUAAUUGAGCAUAUCUUUUUCUU